AUGUCUUCUUUGAAAGAAGAACAAACAACAGAACUUACAAAUGCGUCAUUUGUGAAUUUUUCACCCAUAGAGAACAUCACGGUUGGGGAUACACAACGUGACGAGACUAUAGCUCGAGUAGAAGUCGGAGUCUUAGCCAUAAUCUUCAUACUGACCAUCAUAGGAAAUACUUGUGUCUUGGUGGCGCUAGCCGUGAGACGCACCAAUAUGACUCGAAUGUAUUACUUUCUUUUACAUUUGUGUAUCUCGGACCUUAUCACCGCAUUUUUCCAUGUCUUACCACAACUUGCCUGGGACGCUGCACAUCGAUUUUAUGGAGGGAACGUAUUAUGCAAGGUAGUCAAGUACUUGCAGAUCCUGGGUCCCUAUUUAUCAUCCUAUGUCUUGAUGGUAACUGCCAUAGACCGUUAUCAAGCUAUUUGUUUUCCUUUGACAAGAUGUACUUGGACUCCUCGUAGAUCCAAGCUAAUGAUUGUUGGAGCUUGGAUCAUCUCCAUACUUUGUUGUUCACCGCAAGCUUUUAUUUUCUCUUACCAACAAGUUUCGUCUGACCCCCUUGUUUUCGAUUGUUGGGGAACAUUCAUCCAGCCAUGGGGCGAAAAGGUCUACGUUCUUUGGUAUACCAUAUCUCAAUUCUUUAUUCCUCUUCUUGUAAUUACGUUCACAUACGUUAAUGUCACGAAAACUGUGUGGAAUAAUUAUUAUCUGAGAAAAAAGAAUUUCAUGCUACAAACUUCAACCUAUAAUUCAGGACAGAGCAGAGAAGAUUCAGGGCCUUCCAUACGUCCAGUAAUACUGCUUGUAGGACGAUCCUACCGCUUCAAGGGACGUGGUCAAGUAGAAAUAUGUCAUCUUGACGAUUUGUCUACCAUCAGAACAAAUUGUCAUGAAAACAUUUCUGAGCCUAGAAGUCACUGUCGCUCAGUGCCAGACUUGUCGCGUGCUAAGGUCAAGACUAUUAGGAUUACUAUAGUAGUGAUUGCUUGUUACAUUAUUUGUUCAACACCGUUUCUUGCAGUACAGCUCUGGGCUUACUGGAGCCCGUAUGCUCAGAAUUCACCAAUAUGGAAAGGACCAACGGUUGCCAUUUUAAUGCUCCUUGCUAGCUUGAACAGCUGUGUUAACCCCUGGAUAUAUCUAGCUUUCAAUCACAAUCUCAUCACGGCCUUGAAGCAACUAUGUUGUCGUAGUGUCCUUCAAGACUACAUGGCCCAGAGUACUGAAGCAACCAGCAAUAAUAACAAUGCUAAUCGAAGCUAUCCGACAGAAAACGAAGUCAAUUCGUCCUACCCACUCAGUUUUUUUAUUGCUCAAGAGGAGCCUGUAAUGCUACGAAACCGGUUAAAAAAGAAACAGUAA